CCUCAUUCCUGCACUGCGAUACCCGAGCCUGAGCUGCCCACCAUGGCUCUUGUCUCCAUUGUGCUCUCGCUGCUGCUUGCUGUCUUCGUUUCUUUUCUAUGCUUUCCUGCAGUCGUGCGCUUCCUCGGUGAGCAAGUGGGUCACUAUCUGCGCCGGUCGUCGCGUACCAGACGAGAGUUGCUGCUGGCCAGGGUUGCGACCGAGGCCAAAAACCACGAAGCCGAGCGCAUCGAGGUUGAGGACUAUGACUGGGAGGAAAUUGCAUCUGCGGCUAUAGAUGGUAGAGUAGGCAACAAGGAAGACAAGCAGUGGGAGGGCAUCGUCGGCUUCUUCCACCCGUUCUGUAACGCUGGUGGCGGCGGCGAGCGAGUCCUCUGGGCAGCUAUCCGUGCGACACAGAAGCGCUGGCCAAAAGCUGUCUGCGUCGUCUACACCGGCGAUCACGAUGUUGACAAGACCGCAAUCCUCAAGCGUGUCAAGGACCGCUUCAACAUCCACCUCCAUCCGCCAACGGUCCACUUCCUCUACCUCACAACGCGCCACUGGGUCCUAGCGAGCACAUGGCCGCGCUUCACACUGCUGGGCCAGUCGCUCGGGUCGUUGGUACUGGCCUACGACGCAUUCGCCUUGCUCGUCCCAGACAUCUUCGUCGACACCAUGGGCUAUGCUUUCGCUCUUGCUCUCUCAUCGCUCUUCUUCCCGAACGUGCCAACCGGCGCUUACGUCCACUACCCUACCAUUUCCACCGAUAUGCUGGACUCUCUGCAGGCUGGAGGUCAAGGUAUCAACGCUGGUGCUGGCAAGGGUUACCGAGGCGCUGCUAAGCAAAAGUAUUGGCAGCUAUUCGCACGAACCUACAGCAGGGUGGGCAGCGCCAUCGAUGUUGUGAUGACCAACUCGACCUGGACACAAGCACAUGUCAGCUCCCUCUGGGGACCCUCCCGCAACAAGCGCAACAACACCACCGAAAACGACAUCGACGUUGUCUUCCCACCCGUAGCAGUUGAAGAAGUCACCCAAGCAGUCGAGGUAUCCCUAGCCAGCGAGAAGAAACGCGGCCCAUACAUCCUCUACAUCGCCCAGUUUCGACCGGAGAAGAACCACCAGCUGAUCCUCGAAGCGUUCGCGAAGUUCCUGCGCUCAGACCCCAAACUCCCAGCAUACCCUAACGAAAAACCCCAGCUCAUCCUCAUCGGCUCAGUACGCGACUCCCUCGACGAAAAGAGCGUAUACAAGCUGCGAUUACUAGCUCACGAACUCCAUAUGAAGGAGAACGUCGAAUUCCUUUGUGACGCCCCGUGGCCUCAAAUGCUGGAAUGGAUGGGCAGAGCCAGCGUGGGUGUGAACGGCAUGUGGAACGAGCACUUUGGUAUCGGCGUUGUCGAGUAUCAGGCUGCAGGGUUGAUCUCGGUCGUGAACAACUCUGGCGGCCCGAAACUCGAUAUCGUUGUUGAUGUGGAUGGGAAGCCUACUGGUUUCCAUGCGACCACAGCAGAGGAGUACGCCGAGGGUUUUGGUAAGGCGCUGACGUUGAGCUUGGAGGAGACGUUGGCCAUGAGACAGAGGGCGAGGAAGUCUGCGGAGCGCUUCACGGAUCGAGGGUUUGCGGAGAAGUGGCUGAGGAAUAUGGACAAGCUUGUGAAGCUGCAGGUUGAACGCACGAGAAAGUAAAGUGCAUGCCGAGAGGGCAGCAAGAUGCUGGAGUUUGACGGGGUGUUUUUCUAGACUACUUGAUACCAUUAGCAUUGGGCGGAGU